CAAUGCGCACGUUUGCUGACAGAAUGAGAUUGGUUUAAACCAAGCAAUGGCUAGGAAGUUCAUGGACAACCCAAAUCGACAUCCGUGUAUCUUAUAGUCAUGAACAAGCCACGAAACCACCUCAAAUUAGACUCAUAUGAUGUACGCUACCAGAACAAGUGUGCCGCUGUAGGAAGAACUCACGUCACUCCCUACAUUGAUAGCUACAUGAACGCUUGAGAAGGCAAGAGCGCCAAACGAAAAGGAGGCGAGGAAGAAAAUGGCAUAUUUUAAAUCAACUCGUUUCACAACAAUUCUGAUUUUGUUCAGCAUUUUGAGACAGGGUGAAGGAAAGACUCAGUUACAUGUAGGAGGUUUUAGCGUUUUGUCUAAGCAUUGGUGGUAUCAUGCUCAGACCUUUCCCUAUGUCAUACAGAGUGCUUUCGAGGACAUCAAUAACACUGAUGCGAUUCUGAAGGAUUAUGAGUUGGUGCUUCACAUGAAAGAUACUCAGGGGAAGCCCAGCUUGGCCGUUCGAUCGUUGUUUGAAUACAGUAAUGAGAAGCCAGUGAAGAUAAUGUUGAUCGGUCCCGCCAAAUCCGAGCCAGCAGUUGCCGUUGGAGAAGUUAUACAAGAAUGGAACCUUUUGUCGUUAAUUUACUCUGCAAGGUCCUCUGAUUUGGAUGAUCGGACUCGAUUCCCCAAUGUGUACCGAGUCAACUUUCAGGACAGGUCGUACAAUCCCGUAAGGAUAGCUCUCAUGAAAGAGUUUAGUUGGGAGGCAGUUGCCACGGUUACACCAAGUACAGAACCAUUCUUUUCGCAAAUGGACCAUUUCGUUUCUCUUGUUCAGGCAUAUAACUUUACAGUGAAGGGGUCAAUUAUCCUACAGUCAGAUGAAAGUGCUCAUAUCCGAAGCAAACUUAAACUUAUGAAGCAAUAUGAUGCAAGGAUCAUAGUGUCCAAUGUUCAUGAUUUAUACGUCCGCCAAACAUUCUGUGAGGCUUUAAAACUUGGACUGACCGGUAAAAAGUACCAAUGGAUUCUGCUGGAUUUUGCUGCCACGCCUGGCUGGCCCCAUACGCUGGACCUGUCCUGGGGAACACCCGCCCCACAUGAAUGCACCACGUCAGAACUCUACCAGGCGGCGGAAGGUUAUCUUAGCUUGGGGCAGAUGGAUUACCUGAGCAACGCAAAUGUGACAACUAUCUCUGGAAUGACCCCACUUGAAAUCGACCAGCGGGCAAUUAAGCGAUACGCCCAUCUCUUGCCGCAAAAUGACCUGUCAUACAGUCAUGGUUAUGCCUAUGAUGCCGCAUGGGCUAUCGGAGUAGCUCUCAACAAAUCCAUCGAGAAGUUAAAACCUCUUAACAAAAGGCUUGAAGACUUCACAUAUCAAGAUAGUGGCAUGUUAGCUGUGAUGCGGGAGGCUUUGGAGGAGACCAACUUCUAUGGUGCGACCGGGCCCCUUGCCUUCACCAAAAACGGAACCCGGUUAGGAACUACACACAUUCGGCAAUGGCGAGACAACGUUAGUCAUGACGUGGGAGAAUAUGAUGAUAGCAGGACGCACCCUCAUAUAGAAUGGUACAAGGAUGACAAGAUCGUAUGGCCUGGUGGAUAUCCGCCGAAGGAUAGUUUCGAGCGUCGAGAAGAGACUACAGUCCUCCCGCUCGCCUUGACUGUGGUCAUCAACUGCCUGUGUCUGUUUGGAGCAAUGACGGCCGUGGGAUUCCUGGCGUUUAAUAUACACCAGAGAAACAACAGGGUGAUAAAGAUGUCAUCCCCAAGAUUGAAUAACUUCAUUUGUAUCGGUGCAAUCAUCAUGUACGCGUCUGUCAUCCUAGCCUCUAUCGACUCACGAUGGGUAACGGUGGAUGCCUACGCAAUACUUUGUAACGUGCAAGUGUGGCUGACGAGUGUGGCCUUUACCAUGGCUUUCGGCGCCGUCUUUGCAAAGAUGUGGCGGGCACACAUGCUGUUCACGAAUGAGGCGCUCAAGAAAAAAAUCAUUCGAGACCAUCACUUGUUUGCCAUCAUCUCUCUACUGAUCGGUUGUGAUGCCCUCGUGCUUGGCCUUUGGAUGGGGUUUGAUCGGCUCAGAAGCUUUACGUUACAAGCAGAGAGUCGGAUUGACCCAAACAACGAUGACCUCAUCGUAGUCCCAAAUUACGUCGGCUGCAGCAGUGCGUACAUCAACUACUGGCAAAUCGCCGUCUACAGUUACAAGGGUCUGAUCCUCGUCAUAGGGACCUUCAUCGCCUGGGAGACUCGGAAGGUUAACAUCCCGGGACUGAACGACUCCAAGAGCAUAUGUGUGUGCGUGUACAACAUCACGGUGCUAAGUGCCUUUGCCGUCCCCAUCAGUCACAUCCUGACACACGAGCAGUACACCGUGCGCUACGGUCUCAUAUCCGUUUUGGUCAUAUUCUGUACCACACUGACUCUCCUGUUGAUAUUUGUCCCAAAGGCGAUGUUGAAGGUAAACAAGGUCACAAUUGGCCGGUUCACAGCAGACGGGUCAUCAAUCGGUACGAAGUCUGAGCAUUCUGUGACAGGAACAGAGAGAUCCAUUAACCUCACAACUCAAGGUAGAAACAACAAUUCAAGAAUCGCGGAUGGAAACUCCACGACGUCGCUCUCGGUGAUCACAGUUAGACCAGCCAAAAGCAGCCGGGGGUGUCUCGUAGAGGAGUUGACGACGUGAUCGAUUGAUAAAACAUUGCAAGGAAUUAUAACAUCCAAUCUGGAAAUGUCAUUUUACCCAGCUAGUAACUGACAUCUCUGAAUCAACAAAGCGGUCCCGUUCGGUUAUGACAAACACGUCUGAACAUUUCGGGCAUUGAAUGGUAACAACUAAGUAUAACAUCGGAAAACAUUUAUUUAGUCGUACUA